CCGGAAAUUAAACAGAAGAGGAAGUCGUUUAGUUUGUUGUCGCUGUAUAUUGACGUGCUGAACCUCAGUGACCGUGAGCUGUCUGACAUGUUGGAGGGAGAGGAAACGUGCUUACGACUAAAAUGAUGAAUUUAGCCGCUUUGGUGCACAGCCUCAGAUGCUCUUUGCUACAUAUCGAGAGCAGGCUUCUGCAGGCGGCGGGACUGGACCGACACCUGGCUCCAGCGUUGGCAGUCAAUGGCCCCAGCCUCCUGCCUCAGCUCCAGCCUCAGGUCGACCAGGAGAAUCAGCUGGAUGAGCAGCAGAGUCCAGAGCAGCCCCCUGGCCUCCUGGACAGCAUCUUGUGGAUGGCAGCGCCCAAGAAGAGACGCACUAUAGAGGUCAACCGCACCAGAAGGAGAGCUGACAGCAAACUCUUAAAAGUCAAGACCAACAUUGAGCCGUGUCCAGAGUGUGGCCACUUGAAGCAGAAACAUAUUCUGUGUGGCUUCUGUUACGCUAAGGUGUGCAGGGAGACUGGCCAGAUUCGUCAGCAGAUUCAAGCAAUGGAAGGAGGCCCGCUGAGGGCCCCGACUGUGGAGACAGUUGUGCUGUAUGAGGGUGAGACCCCAAGCCAGCCGGACAAAGACAAGAGGAUAGUGGAGAGGGCCAGGAAGAGGCCUGCCUGGUUCAGCUAACGCUGCUGUGGUUGGUACACAACUUCAGUUUGACACAGGUCUGGUCAGAUACGCACUCAUGCUUUAUUUGAUAUAGGGAACAGCAUAUUUUGUCCAGUCUUUUAUGAUAUACAUUUUCAUUUAUAUCUGAGACCAUACUA